AAUGUACCACCAACACUUGGUCAGAAUGUACCACCGCCACCAGUUGGUCAAAAUGUACCACCAUCUGUUGGUCAAAAUGUUCCACCAUAUCAUUUUCCUCCAACACCAUCAGAUAAUAGACGUCCUGGUGAGCAACCUCAAUGGAUACCUCCACAAGAUAACCGACCAUGGGAUAAAACUAAUAAUCGACCACCUAUUUGGGAAAGGAAUUCAGAUAAUAGACCAAUGGAUCUUGAUAAUCGACCGUCAUGGGAUCAUGAAGAUCGACGAUCUUAUGAUUUGAGACCACCAAGAGAACGUAAUCAUCGAAGACCAUCACCUCCUCAUUCAGAUUAUCGAGAUUAUUUUGAAAGAAGACAACGAGGUCAUCAUCGUAACCGACAAGAUAGUCCAAGAAAUAGAGGGUCAAGAAAUAAUAAUGGAGGAAAAAGUGAUCGUGAUUGGAAUGAACAAGACCGUGAUUGGGGAGGUCGAGAUAAAGAUAGAGAAGAAAGGUUUGAUCGUAGUAGAGAUCAACACAGGGACAGUGCUUAUG